AUGACAGCAUCCGCCCUUGUACCUCGAGAAGCCAGAGUCGUCCCGCCCAAUGCGCUAGAUACGUGGAAGCGUGCCUCGCCUCAGGCACCUGAUGGCUAUGCGCCAGCCAAAGUCGAUUGCCCGUCUACGCGCCCAAGUAUUCGAUCCGCCGACAAGCUUUCACAGCGAGAGACAGACUGGCUCCAAAAGAGAAGGCCAAACACAGUGCAGCCUAUGCGCGAGUUUCUGGAACGGGUCAACAUUGAGGGCUUCGACGUUGGACAAUAUAUCAGCAACCACCAGGACAACACCACCGCCUUACCGAACAUUGCGAUCUCGUUCUCUGGUGGAGGAUACCGAGCCCUUUUGAACGGUGCAGGUGCUCUGGCAGCGUUUGAUAGCCGGACAAACAACUCGACAGGUUCGGGACAUUUGGGAGGAAUAUUGCAGGCAGCCACCUAUGUUUCGGCGCUAUCUGGUGGAGGCUGGAUGCUCGGCAGCAUCUACGCCAACAACUUUACCUCAGUUGAGUCCAUUAUCAACAAAGGCGAGGACUCGUCGAUUUGGCAAUUCCAGAACUCGCUUUUCAAAGGCCCCCCUACGGAAGGAAUUCAACUACUCUCGACUGCGCAGUACUUUGAGAACCUGGUCAGCACGACUAGGGCCAAGGCUGACUCAACUGCUGGUGACUUCAACACGUCAAUCACGGAUGUUUACGGUCGCGGUCUCUCUUUCCAGCUCAUCAACGCCAGUGACGGAGCCCCAGCCUACACCUUCUCUUCCAUUGCGGACGACCAAGACUUCUCAACCGGAAAUGCACCAAUGCCUAUUCUUGUGGCGGACGAGCGUUCGCCCGGAGACCUGAUUGUCUCCCUGAACGCUACCAACUUCGAGUUCAACCCUUUCGAAAUGGGUUCCUUUGACCCUACGACCUACGGCUUUGCUCCACUGAAGUACAUUGGUUCCAACUUCAGCGAGGGUUCGCUUGCCCAGGACCAGGGCUGCGUUGCUGGAUUUGACAACCUAGGCUUUGUUAUGGGAACUAGCAGUUCCUUGUUCAACCAGAUUUUCCUUCAACUCAACUCCUUCCAGAACAUUCCCGAGAUUCUUUUGAAUUUUGUUUCAAACAUCCUCCAGGAUAUCGGCAAGGAUGGUGACGAUAUCGCCGACUAUUCACCCAACCCUUUCUACCACUACCACAACGAGACGAACCCCAGUGCUGAUAGGGAGCGUCUGACUCUCGUUGACGGUGGCGAGGAUGGUCAGAACAUCCCCUUCAACCCGGUCAUUCAGCCGAUCCGCCAGGUCGACGUCAUCUUUGCUGUUGACUCUUCUGCUGACACUGUCGACGCGGACGACCCAUCGCAAAACUGGCCCAACGGCACUUCUCUGGUAGCAACAUAUGAGCGUGCAAGCGGAACCCUCAUGAACAGGACGUCGUUCCCCUACAUCCCUGGUCAGGAUACAUUUGUUGCUCUGGGCAUGAACAGCCGCCCAGCAUUCUUUGGUUGCAACAGCAGCAACGUUACCACUGGUGACAACAUUCCUCCUCUGGUUGUUUACCUUCCCAACGCUCCUUACGUCUUCUGGUCCAACCAGUCGACUUUCGGCAAGCUCGACUACACCAUCGACGAGCGCAACGGCAUGAUCGAGAACGGUUAUGAUGUCAUCACCCAGGGCAACUCAACGCGUGAGGGUGCUUCGAACUGGCCUACUUGCGUCGGAUGCGCUAUCCUCUCUAGGAGUUUGGAGCGUAACGGCGAGGCUAUCCCACAAGUGUGCCAGCAGUGCUUCACUGAUUACUGCUGGAACGGUACCACCGUUGACAAGGCGCAGAACUACACCCCUUCGAUGAUCCUUAGUCAGCUUGCCGCUACCGACAAGGACAGCGGUGUCGGAAAGUUCGUACCCAACGUACUCGGCCUUGCGAUGGUAGCAGCAGUGUCGGGAUUCCUGAUGAUGUGA